AUUGGAAUCGUAAAUAUACUCUUAAACCGAAUUAGAUCAUGAACCAUCCAAGCUAGCCCUAAAAACCUCAACACCGGGGAGCCGCGUCGGCACACGAAACCAACACUCGUGCGGCCGUGCAGUUCCAAUCUCCGCGCCUAGCGAACAUGGACAACGCCGCUGCCGUCGCCACCUUCAUGGAGAUCACCUCCUGCGGAUCCCAGGAGGCCGCCGUGCAGCACCUCGCCUCCUGCAGGUGGGACCUCGACGCCGCCCUCAACCGCUACUUCAUCUUCGGCGGCGUGUUGGCCGCCGCUCCCGCUCCCGCUCCGGUCGCCGACGUCGCGCCGCCCGCUGCGCUGGAUGACGGGGUGCGCGCUCCCAUCCCCGCCCGCUCCGACACGCUGUACGGCGACAUGUACGGCGGCGCCAGGCGCCGUGACCGUGAUUCCCGUCCCGCCCCGUCCGUUUGGGAGGACGAGCCGCCGGCGGUGACACCCUCGGUGGCGCCGGUGUAUAUACAGAUGCCAUCUGCGAAUCCCGCGGUGGCGCCGGUGCAAAUACAGAUGCCAUCUGAGACGGCGGCCUCGGUGCCCGCUGCGCCGGUGCCCGUACACGCUCCAUCUCAGCCCCCCGUGGUUGCAAUCGCCGUCAAGAAAGAACAAAACGAGAAAGACGAGGAGGAAGACAACGGCCGCGACGACGACGACGACGGCUACAGCGACAGCGACUACGGCAUGGACACGGACGACGACGACGACCGCUACGACGAGUGCAUAGAGAAAACGCCAUCUCCACCACCCAAGUCGACGCAGCAACAGGCGACGACGCUCGCCGAGAUGUACCGCCGCCCGCGCGAGCUCAUGCACGACGCGGACUUCCACAGCACCAAGGUGCACGCGGCGCGUCAGGACCGGUGGCUGCUGCUCAACCUGCAGUCCGCCGGCGAGUUUGCGUCGCAGAUGCACAACCGGGACCUGUGGGCCGACCAGGUGAUCGCCCGGGUCGUGAGAGAGAGCUUCGUCUUCUCGCUGCUCGAGAACAGUUACGGCGACGAUGACGACGAGGCCAGCAAAGUUUGCUGCUUCUACAAGCUCCAUGACCAGCUUCCCGCCGUGCUCGUCAUCGACCCCAUCACCGGGCAGAUGCUGGCCAAGUGGAGCGGCGUCAUCCAGCCCGAAACCUUCCUGGUGGACAUCGAAGAAUACAGCAAAUCGAAGCCGAGCAUGCGUUCCAAACCCUAUAUAUUCCAAAGAAAGCCCAUGCCGGUAAGGUCAGCACCUGCAGCCAGCGAGCAGCAUCAUCAAGAACCGGCAAUGGUUGACACUGCUGCGCCUAUGGAUAUCCACAAUGUUCAAGAACCAGACACUGCUGCGCCUGCACCUGCACCUGUGGUCGAACACGGUGUUCAACAACCUGCGACUGCCGGCGCCGGCGCACAGCAACCAGCAGAUGAACAAGAUGAUGAUGACCAGCCGAUGGAAGGUGAGAAGAUGUACAGGAUGAGGGUACGAUUCCCCGAUGGCUCUGUGGUCACCAAAGAGUUCGGCUGCAAGCGGAGGGUGGCAGUGCUCUUCAAUUACUGCAGAUCGGUGCUCCAUGACAAGCCGCAGGCGUUCAAGAUCAAGAGGUUGCUCGGCGUCGGCGGAGCUUUCCACGAGUUGCCCCAAGGUGACCACUCGUUUGAAGAUUUGGGCCUGAACUGCGCGACUGUCUCAGUAAUUUUGGAUACUUAGAACGAAUUACUCCUCCUACUACUACUAUAUGGUUCAUUGGUCCUUGUAUCAGAUUCUCGGAUUCAUCACUAUGGAGUAGUUGUUAAAUUUAGUGAUUGCUUUUGCUUCAUUCUAAUUAUAUAUGCUUAACGCUACUCCGCUAGUGCGUGGCCUAAUU